CCUCGCAGGCGGGGCGGAGAAAAUGGCGCUGCCCCCGGCCGCCGCGCCCCCCGCCGGGGCCCGGGAGCCGCCGGGGCCUCGCGUCGCCGCCGCCUCCUCGGCCACCGAGCCGCCGCUCGGCCUGCCGCAGCUGUCGGCGCUGCCGCCCGAGCCCGGCGGGGUCCCGCUGCACUCGCCCUGGACCUUCUGGCUCGACAGAUCCCUCCCCGGUGCCACGGCAGCUGAGUGUGCAUCAAAUCUGAAGAAAAUCUACACAGUACAAACUGUACAGAUAUUCUGGAGUGUAUACAAUAACAUCCCUCCUGUGACUAGCCUGCCUUUGAGAUGUAGUUAUCAUUUAAUGAGAGGAGAGAGGCGACCACUUUGGGAAGAAGAGAGUAAUGCAAAGGGUGGCGUAUGGAAAAUGAAAGUUCCCAAGGACAGCACGUCCACAGUUUGGAAAGAGCUGUUGUUAGCAACUAUUGGGGAACAGUUCACAGAUUGUGCCGCCGCAGAUGACGAAGUAAUAGGAGUCAGUGUCAGUGUUCGGGACCGAGAAGAUGUCGUCCAAGUCUGGAAUGUAAAUGCCUCUUUAGUCGGUGAAGCAACUGUUUUAGAAAAGAUCUAUGAACUUCUGCCCCACAUAUCUUUUAAAGCAGUAUUUUAUAAACCCCAUGAAGAGCAUCAUGCUUUUGAAGGUGGACGUGGAAAACACUAAUUGCACUCUGUAAAGAAUUCUUUGUCCUUUGCUGAUUGGUUUUGGAAACGGUCUUAACAGGAGGGAGAGUGAAGAGAAGACUUGCCGAAGCCCGAUGCUGGUCAAUUUAGAGUGGGUUUCUGUCCUUGCAGAUUGAGCAAUUAGGGCUCAAAGUGGCAGGCGGGGCGGGGGGAGAUUGUGUGGGUUUCUACCAUCACAUUACUUACUUUUUAAAAAAAAAAAAUUUUUUUUUUUGGCUUUCUAAAUUCUCUGUUCUAUUCACUCCAAAAGGUUUUUUUUGCCCUUUGAGAUUCCUUAUUCAGUCUAAUUAUUGUUUUCUACACUCCCCUUUUAUUGAGGCACAAGAAAUCAGUUCCCCUUUAAGUAGCUCUGCUGUACCUAGUUAAUGAGAAUAUGCAUAAUCGUGACAAUACUGCUUUUGAAAACCAAACUGAAUGAGGAGGAAUACUAGCUUGGUGAAACCUGUCUUCUGAUUAUUUGUUGUGACACAUUCCUGUGUACUAUGAUCUGGGCAUUGUUUUUUUCUGUCCCAGGGAAAAGAAAAACCAUACUUAAUCUGAUUUUGCACUGACAGCACACACAUCUUUUAUUUUUCCCUUUUAAAACUUUUUUUGUAAGCCAUAAAAGGAAAAUCAUAGUUGGGUUGCUUAACAUGAAAACUGUAAUCACAACUCAGUAUCAGGGUAUAAGUCAAACUCUAGGUCUUUGGACUCUCUGUAGAAAUGUUUCUAACCAGAAUUUCAAUUUGACCUUUUCAAUGGAAGGCUUAGGAGUGGUAGCAAGGGAUUUCUCCCAAUAGGAAACCUGAUAUUUCUGAUUUAAAGAGAAAGUGAUAUUUUAAUUGUUUGAAGUAAGCUUCUUCCAAAGUUUGGGUAUGUUUAGCCACUUAGGGCUGUUCAAAUCAAUUCCAACACAUUUUGUUAAAUGAUCUCUUUCUCCUGCUCACAUUGUUUGUCCUUUUUUGAUAAUUGAUAGCCCUCCAUGUGGGGCAACUUGUCCACUCCCUUUUUCAUUUAGGAGCAGGAAGUUGAAUCUCAUUUCCAGGUGAAUGUGAACAUUCACAAAGUUGAGCUUUGAGUGCAUUCUGUUCAUAUUAAUUAUUGGAAUUGUUGAUAUAUAUUGUAUUAUACUACCAAAGAAAUAUUGGUUUCAGUAGUAGGAAAUGGCCACCCUCUGGAACAUUAAGACUCAUUCAGAAUCAGAAUACACUGAUUUCCCAUUCUUGACUUUGCCAAGCCUCAGGCUGCUUUUACCUGAUAAGGGCAGGGCCGUUUGAAGAUGCUUCCUCCUGCUGGCUUGGUUUUAGAGUCAGGAGAGCUAGUGAGUGCUUAUACAUUUUUUGAAAGGGUGGUGCACUCAGAACUUCCUUGUACCCAGGAUUUUUAAUUCCUCUUGCAGUGCUGACCAGCAGAGAGAGGUGGGGCUACAUUAAGGCAUGUGUUUCUAAAUUAAAAUCUCUGUUCAAACAUUUUAAAGGACUUUCAUCAAUAUCUAUUUAUGAAAGUUGUGCCCUUCUCUUGCAUUACUAACCACAUCAACCACAAUAAUCAUCAUCAUCAGGUUUUUUUUAAAAAAAUGCUUUUUCCUAGACUUGAGUUUCUUCAUUGAUUUCUAAAUUGGGUAUAAGGGUAUCAGAUCCAUUUAGCAAAAGUCUGGGACUUGUUUCUCUAUAAGGGUAUCAGAUCCAUUUAGCAAAAGUCUGGGACUUGUUUCUCUAAACAUCAUACUAACAUUUAAGUUGUUUUAAAAUUAUUCCUCAAGGAUUUAAAAAAAUUCUGGACACGAAUUAAAAUUUUUUUAUGAUAUAAGUAUUUUUCUGAUAGAUUAGAAAAAGGAUAUAAUUGACUUCAUUAUAAUUGUCCUAUAUAUUUCCAUAAAUAAAUGGAUUUUGAAGUA